UCUAAAAGUCCAUGUUUAUAUUUUACUGAGACCUCAUUCAGCUCGCGUUUUACUUCUCGUGCACAGGUGGAUAUGCGACAAAGCGAUCCACAUGAGCAUUUUCCUCUAAAAGACUGAGUGAGCAAGCCAAUUGAACUACAUGUUUGGUGCUCAGACAGGAAGAGGGUACACUGGUACUUCGGUCAUAAUCUUGCGCGUCCAUUGUAUUUACCCAGUUACCAAAAGUGAGGACGAUUUUUUUGGGUUGAUCAUUCGGUCAUAGCCUAUACCAUACAGAUCUGCUACCAUGGGUCGUUUUUAUGAGAUUUUAACUUCUCGAAGUUUGCCUUUGGUGGUGUGUACCUUCUUAAGGGCAUCCGGUCAUAUAGGCAUUAUUAAGACCAUUGGAAUUUACUUGGAAGAUAUCAACAUUAGCCUUGGAACGACAUCGACCGAUAUUGGAAUUGCUCUUGGUCUCCUCAGUGCAUUGGCCAACUUUCCAGCUCCUUUAGUCGUUGCCCUCUAUCGCCACCAUUCCAUUCGUCGUCUGCUUCUGAUUUCUGGUACAUGUCUCGCUCCAAUGGGCGUGGCCUUAACUUCCAUGUCAACCAGCAACACUCAAAUGUCAAUCUAUCUCUCAAUAACCGGUAUUGGAUAUUGUUUGGUGAAAAUGUGUUGUACCGUGACAUUGCACCACGCGGCUCAAAAUUUCAACCUACUUUACAGCCUUGGUUUGUCUGGAUAUGGCGCCGGAAUGGUUCUGUUACCGCUAGUAGCUGAAUUCCUACGUCAAGCUUAUGGUUGGAGAGGUGGACUGCUCAUCAUUAGCGCUCUGAUGGCAAAUAUUAUUCCAGUUGGUAUGGCAAUUAAGUUGGAAUCGGAUGAGAGUAGCACACAGAGAAAUGAUUUUCAGAGUGUCCCGAGUUCGCCACCAGGGUUUAACGAGGGAGAAGAAAGCAACAGCGGCCCAAGUCAUGACACAGAAGAUGACAACAGAGACGAGAUUGGAGUUUUUCGUAGUAUCGCCAACAGCAUUCGCCAAUCUGAUUUUUACGUGGAUCCUGUGAUCAAUGUGCUCCUUCUUGCAAUUUUCGCGUCUAGUAUGGUUUGGAACGGUUGGCACUCCUUUCUCGUUCCGCAUGCCCUGCAAAGGGGAAUCUCUGUCCGGAACACCAUUAUCAUCACUUUCUCAGCUGCAAUAGGGAAUACCUGCAGCAGGGUUGUUGUGGGUAUGCUUACCAACAGCCUCGUCAAACCUAUCACUCUCUAUUUCUUCGCUACAACCCUGAACAUCGCCGCUCUUCUUUGCGACGUGUAUUUCACCAACUUCUACGCCAUGUACAUGACGUCAUGUAUCUCCGCAAUGGCAGUAGGAGGGAAUGCGGUGUUGGGACGGCUCGUUGUGAGGGACAGAGCAUCUCCAGAAAAGUUUAAUGUCGCGUAUGCAGUCGACUCACUUUGUUUUGGAUCCGGGUCGUUUCUUGGUAGCUAUUUGAGUGGCAUGAUUGCGGAUCACUUCUCUUCCUACAACGCGACUUUCAAACUAUUAGCUUGCAUCGAGGUCAUCGUUCUCCUCCUCAUGGUGGUCGUGAGAUGCAGACCGAAAGCAUGUUCCGUCUGACCAUGCUGUAUUGGAAGCGUGUGUGUGUGUAAUUGGGUAUUUACGUCUGUGGACUGACCUUUAACUUCACCAUCCGAAAGACGUGACUCAGUUUCGAACCUGCGUCCUCGGCUGAAUUAGUUUGUGACUUCCAUUGUUAGCUGGAGCAUUACAGGCGCACGCCACAACGCCGCAACGCCCCAUCGUACAUUACAUAUUUUAUAGUGAGCUCUGAAAGCAAGUUCGUUCAGAAUUUGGCUUCUUUUAAAUACAAACCAUUUAAUUCUCUUGUUCAUAAACGUAUUUGGAGCAUAUUAUAGAAUUAAUUGAUAAUCAACAGAAAUAUACGUAUAUUACAUACUGAAUAUCAACAUAGACCCCUACGGGGAUGUCAGCGAUUUUUUUUGAACCGAUGAUUAUACUCUUUGGAAUAGUUUUGAUGGUGACAACAAUGAUGAUAAACAUUGCUAAUGAUAAUAUGAAGAUUAAUAGUAAUAUAUAUUCCUUUACCACGCACGACUUUUCAAGGAUACCUUUUGUAGAACAUAAAACCUAAUAAUGAUAAUUAUACUAUCGAUGAUUUGGUGGUGGUGGUGGUUAUUUUACCUUAUUGCUAAGAAAGCAUAAAUGCUUCUAAGUAAGCAACCAGAGG